AGUUCACCUUAGUUUUGUCUUACCAUAGUCAGUAGAGGAGUCAUAACCAGCAGCAUACAGUACAUUAUACUGCAGAUCUGCACAAUGAGAGACAACAACUGUAAAGAAUGCAUAGACAAAAUCCUUCAAGAGGCUCCGACGGCAAGAAAAGCUCUUCUAGACAACCACAGCAACCUGCACAGAGUGGCCGAUUACUGCCAGAACAAAUACCUCAACGUGGAGGACACCAAAAGUGUCAUUGAAGAGUCCAAAGCUCUCACCGCACAGGCUCUGGCCAGUGUCUCGUACCAGAUCAACAAUCUGGCCACAUCUGUGCUGAAGAUUUUAGAUGUGCAGACGGUUCAGCUCAAACAGAUGGAGUCCUCCGUCAACAUGCUGACUCUGACAGUUGGCAUGUACAAGGAGAAAAUUGCCCGGAGAGAGAUCGGAGUGCUGGCCAAACAGUCAAAAGUUCCCCGGACUCAGAAGUCGGUUCCCCCAGCAGGAGGACGGGAGCCGUUUCGUGUGUACAGACGUGUUCCCAUAUCCUACACCCUCCUGGACAAACUGGGCCACAGCCACUGGGAAGCCAGCAACAAUGAAGAGCCAAAAUCAGAAACCGACAAUGAGGACUCUUUAAAACAACUUGGCACACAGGAGACCAGCACCUUCAACUGGUCUUUCUUGGGUAUCGCAGUUCCUCCUCCAUCAGUGCCUGACUGGGUGGGUUCUAGUUUCACAGCCUCUCCUGGUCUCUCUCCAGCUUCACCGUCUCCUUCACUCAAGUCUGACCGCUCCCCGUCUACACCUCCAUAUGCCUAUCCCGACCUGUCCAUGCUGCCUCCUCCACCUCUCCUAGAUGAUGAGAUGGGAGAUGCUCCACCCCCACCCCCUCCUCCCUCUCCACCUCCACCUAAUUCUGAGUAUGGAGGAUCUUUGCUUCCUCCUCCACCACCUCCACCUGGCCAAAAUACCUCAAUGACAUCAGCCAAUCCUCCACCACCACCUCCUCCUCCCCCAGAUAACAUGGCUGGUCCACCUCCUCCUCCACCACCACCUCCUCUCAGCAACGUGCCUCCUCCACCUCCUCUUCAGGGCAAGACAGCUGUUCCUCCUCCUCCUAGCUCUGCCUACAGUGGAUCUUCUAUACCCCCACCACCACCACCUCCACCUCCCCAAAAUGCCUCCAUGCCACCACCGCCUCCUCCUCCUCCUAAUACUGGAGGAAAAUUUGUUCCACCACCUCCUCCUCCACCUCCUCCAUUUUGAAUGUUAAAUUUCAAUGUUAAGUUUAUGCAAAAGACUACAACAUUUGAUGGGAUCAUAUUUU